UUUGAGAGGAAGCUUGUGUUGUUUUGAGUUUCGACGAAAAUGUCUUCUCUCGGGUUGUUCGUGUCGAUGAGUAUGGUUUUCGUGUUAAUGACUGGGGUCCAUUGCUGGAGCAAAGAAGGGCACAUCAUGACUUGUCAAAUUGCACAGUCCCUACUGAAGCCAGAGGCGGCCGAAGUCGUCCGGCAUUUAUUACCGCCAUAUGCCAACGGCGACCUCUCGUCGCUCUGCACAUGGCCUGACCAAAUCCGGCACUGGCACAAGUAUCAGUGGACGAGCUCGCUCCACUUCAUCGACACGCCGGACAAUGAUUGCAGCUUCGAUUAUGCUAGGGAUUGCCAUGAUCCACAUGGCAAGAAGAACAUGUGUGUUGCUGGUGCCAUCCAAAACUUCACUUCUCAGCUCUUGCAUUACAAAGGGGGAACUGCAGAUCGAAGAUAUAACAUGACAGAAGCAUUGCUGUUCUUGUCACACUUCAUGGGAGAUAUUCAUCAGCCGAUGCACAUUGGGUUCACGAGCGACAAAGGAGGGAACUCGAUCGAGUUGCGCUGGUUCAGGCACAAAUCUAAUCUUCAUCAUGUAUGGGAUAGGGAGAUCAUUUUGACUGCAGAAGCAGAUUAUUAUGAGAAGGACAUGAGCCUCCUCCUUCAAGACAUUGAGGCCAACUUCACUGAUGGGGCUUGGUCAGAUGACACUUCGUCGUGGACCGACUGUGAAGACCUCGACUCAUGUCCGACCAAGUACGCAGCCGAGAGCAUAGCCAUCGCCUGCAAAUAUGGUUACAAAGGUGUCAAGUCCGGCGUCACUCUUGCAGAUGACUACUUCAACUCGAGGAUGCCGAUCGUCAUGAAAAGAGUCGCUCAAGGCGGAGUCCGAUUGGCGAUGUUUCUGAAUCGGGUUCUUGCUGAUGAUGACCAAGAGGAAGACGGGUUUGCAUCACCGACAUAGGCACCUCAUUUCUCAUGAUACGAAAAACAUUGACCAAGAAUAAGAACAACUAAUUCAAUUGGAUUAGAAAGAAAUGCCCAUUACAUUGAUAUUUAAGUAUUUAAUCACGAAUUAUCUUCUAAACCGCCCAAGUAAUUAGUUAUAUGAAAGAGACAUGAUUAGAGCCAAAUGAAGACAUGUCCCCUCACGUGGCAACGCCAUGAACUAAUGUUCCAAAUUCUUUGGAAGUUAAUGAUGUCUUAUUUAUGUAAUUUCUAUAAUUAUUUCAGAAGAUGCGUAGCCCUUGAUCCUUGUAUAUGGUCUGAACUGUAUUUCAUUCAAUAAAGCAAAUGGUCCUUAAUUUA